AUGGCAAUAACCAUUCAAACUAGAAGUAGAACAGUAAAGAUUGAUUCUGCACCAGAGGGAGGUUUCAGAGAAGAGGAUCCCUCUGAAGAUGAAGACUAUGAACCAAGUGCUGGUGAAGAGGAAUCUGAAGAUGAACAUGAAGAAGCAGAAGAACAAAAACGAAAGAGAAAGAAAUCAUCAACAACAUCAAAAGAUCAAACACAAAAGAAAACAAAGAAUGAUAAUAUAGAUAACAACAAAGAUGAUGAACAACAAGAUUCAAAGUCAUCAUCAUCAUCGUUUCAACAAGAUUUAAAAUCAAAGAGUUUAGAUGAAUUGAUGCAACUUUCCUCAUCUUCUUCAUCAUCGACUACAAAAGAAUCGUCGUCACCAAAUCAAAAUAAUAAGAAAGAUUCUGAAUCAUCAUCAUCAUCAUCCAAUAAGGUUGCCGAUACAACAACCAGUAGUACUACUAAAAUCGAAGUUGUAGAGUUUGCUGGUGAAAAAAUAGAGAGAGUUGUAAAUAUUACGCCUGUCUCUCCCAAGAAGAGUUUUGCUCCUGCUAGGCCAUUCUCUGCUCAGAAAAAAGGGGCGUUAGAUGGAAUAUUAUCAGGUCUAUCUGGGAACAACAAACCAAAAAAAUUAUCGACUUUGGAGAAAUCCCAACUCGAUUGGGAAAAGUUCAAAGAUACCAAUGUCAUGGAAAAGAAUGAUCUGGAGAAACAAAGUAAAAAUGGUUAUCUUGAAAAACAAGCAUUCCUUCAGAGAACUGAUGAAAACCUUUACAACACUGUUAAAUCAUUACAAAAGAAACAAUAG